CUCGAAUCCUUGUAAAGUACUUAAGUGGCUCCUUCCCCCAUUCCAAGACUGUCGAAUAAAAACCUCACAUACACACUAUUACCCCCCUAACCUUUACUUUAUACUAUGACUGCCAGCAUUAACUUUAUUCCAAAGGUGAAAGACACAUACAACAAGGAGUUGUUUGAGACUGAAUGGGUGCCUAGAAUCAAGAAAUACCAGGAAGCGUUGGCAGCCUCGAUUCCAAAGGAAUUGGCCUUGGAUGAAUCCCAGAUCCCAUCUGACUUGGACACUAAAGCUUUCAAUGCCAUCCAGUUCAUGUACGACCAAAAGCUCUUGACUGAGAAGGAGUUUGCCUUCACAGAUUUGAAGUGUGUGGACUUGGCAGCCAAGAUUGCCAGCGGUGAAUUGACGUCUGUGGAGGUUUUCAAGGCCUUUGCUAAGAAAGCCGUCAUCUGCCACCAGUUCACUCACUGUGCCAACGAAUUUUUCAUUGACGAGGGUUUGGCCAGAGCCAAGGAAUUGGACGCUUACUUUGCCGAGCACGGUAAGACCGUGGGUCCGUUCCACGGGUUGCCAAUCUCAUUGAAGGAACAGUUGGGCUAUAAGGGAAAAAUUACCCACGCUGGUUACGUUGCCAAGUUGGUUAACGUUCCAGAAGAGUCUGCCGUGACCAUCCAGAUCUUGGAAAAAUUGGGCGGUGUCUUCUACAUCAGAACCGUACAGCCACAGACGUUGAUGCAUUUGGAUUCUAUGAACAACAUCACCGGGAGAGCCAGAAACCCAUACAACUCCACCUUGUCCCCCGGUGGCUCCUCUUCGGGUGAGGGUUCUAUCUCUGCCUUCAGAGCGGCUGCCUUGUCUGUGGGUACCGAUAUUGGUGGUUCUGUUCGUGGUCCAGCUGCAUUUUCUGGCUCUCAGGGGUUGAGAUGCACCACUAGAAGAGUUUCUACGUUGGGUGGGCUUUCGAGCGGUCUUGGCCAGGAGUCGGUGUUGGGGAUUGCUGGCCCAAUGUCUACCCACAUUGACGAUUUAAGAUUUUUCAUGGAAAACUACAUCAACCUUGGUAAGCCAUGGGAGUAUGAUGCUUGGAGUUUGCCAAUCCCAUGGAGAACCGGUCUUGUGCCAGGUAAGGACCAGAAGAAGGUGAAGAUUGCCAUCAUGUAUGAUGAUGAGGUCGUCAAGCCGUUGCCUCCGAUUGAAAGAGGGUUGAAGUACGCCGCGGAGAAGUUGGGUAAGGUGUCGAACAUCGAACUUGUGGAGUUCAAGCCAAUUAAGACCCAGUUGGCCAACGAAACUGUUCUUAAGUUGUACUCGAUCGACGGUAACUAUAGACAAAAGUCACUUCUUGCCCCUUCAGGCGAGCCAAUGGUGUACUUGAGCAAAUGGUCUUUAUCUUACGGCGACGGUGACGAAGCUGGAUCUGUCACCGACAACAGAAACUUAAACUCCACCAGGGACUCGUUGAGAAACGAGUACAACAAGUUCAUGGUGGACAACCAGAUCGACUUCAUCUUGACUGCCAACUACAACAAUGUGGCUCCUAAGCCAGAAAGAAUUUAUAACUGGUCCUACACCAGUUUGUUCAACCUUUUGGACAUGCCUGCUUUGGCCUUCCAAACUGGAUUAUUCCAGGACCCAACGGUGGACGUGAUCAAAAAGCCAAGAACAAAGUUCAGAUCUGAUGUUGAAGAAUUGGAGUGGUCGUUGUACAACCCGGAAGACUUCAGAGGCGCUCCGAUUGCUUUGCAGCUUGUGGGGAGAAGAUACUUCGACGAAGAGGUGCUUAACGGUGGGCAGUACGUGUUUGAUAUCUUGAACCAGCAUUAGACUGAGGGAGGGAUUCCAAGAGGAUUACAAUCUGAUCUAUAAUGCAUUAUAGCUGAUGAGUAUAAUUUGAGCCAACCGGACGUAUCUACGUUGGGUAUAUGUAUGAUACAUAUAGUCAGAUGUAGCCUCGUAGGUUCAGUAAAGUUCUGAUUUUAGCGUCAAACCUUCAUCAUAAAUUAUUAAGGACAUAGGGGUCGUGAGCGUCCAUUUGUAUUUAUC